GAUGCGAGCGAGCUCACCAUGGCCGCUCACCGCCGCACCGCUCAUCUGCUUGUAGCGUCCCUGUUGGUUGCCGCGGCAACCGCCACACCAGAUAUCGGCUAUGGACUCCGGCCGAAAGGGAAGAGUUCCUCAGGCAGCUCGAGUAGCUCAAGUGCACAGUCAUCCUCGAGCAGUGGUUCUAUAUCAGGAGGGCUAGGAGGCUUUGGUGGCGCCCCUGACGGAGGAUUUGUCUUUGACGGCAAGGGUCCUGGAGGCUUUGGUGGUAGUGGCGGAGGUACAGGGUCCCAAAGCAGUAGUUCCUCACAGGCUGGUGCAGGAGCUGGAGGUUUUGGAGGUGGUUCUGGAGGUUUGGGAGGAUUUGGCGGUGGUUCUGGAGGACAUGGAGGUGCAGGAGGCUUGGGUGGAUUUGGAGGAGGUUUGGGAGGUUCAGGUGGCUUUGGUGGUGGUGGUGCAGGUGGCCUGGGGGGUUCUGGAGGAUUUGGAGCUGGUGGAAAAGGCACAGGUGGUCUGGGUGGAUCAGGAGGUUUUGGUAGUGGUGCAGCAGGCCUAGGAGGCGUGGGAGGAGGAGGAGGUGGAGGAGGAGGAGGAGCAGGAGGUUUUGGUGGUAAGGGACCAGGUGGUUUUGGUGGAGCUGGUGGAUUAGGAGGUGGUUCUGGAGGGUUUGGAGGAGGUAGUGGAGGUAUUGGUGGAGGAGCAGGAGGUUUUGGUGGUAAGGGGCCAGGUGGCUUUGGUGGAGCUGGUGGAUUAGGGAGCGGUUCUGGGGGGUUUGGAGGAGGUAGUGGAGGUAUUGGUGGAGGAGCAGGAGGUUUUGGUGGUAAGGGACCAGGUGGCUUUGGUGGAGCUGGUGGAUUAGGGGGCGGUUCUGGGGCAUUUGGAGGAGGUAGUGGAGGUAUUGGUGGAGGAGCAGGAGGUUUUGGUGGUAAGGGACCAGGUGGUUUUGGUGGAGCUGGUGGACUAGGAGGUGGUUCUGGAGGGAUUGGAGGUGGCAUAGGAGGAGGAGCUGGAAGUAGUAGCAGUUCUAGCAGUAAGAGUGAUGCUGCCAGUGGAGGAAUUGGUGGUGGAGCUGGAGGUCUCGGAAGUGGCAUCGGAGGUUCUGGAGGAAUUGGUGGUGGUGUUGGGGGCCUAGGAGGAUCUGGUGGUUUUGGUGGAUCUGGAGGAUUUGGAGGAGGUAAAGGAGGACUUGGAGGUGGUUCUGGUGGUUUUGGUGGAGCUGGUGGAUUUGGGGGUGCAGGAUCAGGAGGUUUUGGAGGCAGUGGAGGAGCAGGAGGUUUUGGAAGUGGUGGAGGUGCAGGAGGUUUUGGUGGUGGUAAAGGAGGUGUUGGAGGAUUUGGAGGUGGUAGUGCUGGAUCAGGAUCUGGAGGAGGUGGAUUUGGAGGUUCUAGUGGCACUGGAGGAAUUGGUAGUGGAAGUGGUGGCUUUGGAGGUGGUAAGGGAGGUGCAGGUAGCUAUGGAGGUGGUGGAUCCAGUGGCAUUGGUGGUGUUGGAGGGUCUGGAGGCCUUGGAGGUGUGUCUGGCGGUUUUGGAGGUGGCAAAGGAGGAUCAGGUGGUUUUGGAGGGGCAGGAGCGAGUGCAGGGAGUGAAGCAGGCGGAUUUGGGGGUGCUGGAGGUGCUGGAGGGCUUGGUGGAGGAUCAGGAGGCUUUGGAGGUACAGGAGGGCUUGGUGGAGGGUCAGGAGGAUUUGGAGGUGCAGGAGGGCUUGGUGGAGGGACAGGUUUUGGAGGCGGUAAAGGAGGGGCUGGUGGGUUUGGGGGAGCUGGUUCAGGGAGUGGAGCAGGUGGUUUUGGGGGCUCUGGAGGUACAGGAGGGUUCAGCGGAGGAACUGGAGGCUUUGGAGGUGGUAAAGGUGGUGCUGGUGGAUUUGGAGGAGCAGGAGGGCUUGGUGGUGCAGGCAGCGGUGUGGGAGGAGUUGGGGGAAUAGGAGGUGGAGCUGGAGGAUUUGGCUCUGGUGGAAAAGGAGGAUUUGGAGGAAGUUCAAGUAGCUCAGGCAGUAGUGCAGGAGGAUUUGGAGGAGCUGGAGGUCUUGGCAGUGGAACUGGGGGUUUUGGAGGUGGUAAAGGUGGUAGUGGAGGAUUUGGAGGUGCUGGAGGUUUUGGAGGUGGGUCAGGUGGUGCAGGAUCUUUUGGUGGUGCCGGAGGUUUGGGCGGUAGUUCUGGAGGCUUUGGAGCUGGAAAAGGGGGUGCUGGUGGAUUUGGAGGAGCAGGAAGCUAUGGUGGAGCAGGAGGUGUAGGUGGAGGAGCAGGAGGAUUUGGAGGUUCAGGGGGUUUGGGUGGUGGAGCUGGAGGGUUUGGAGGCUCAGGGAGUUUGGGAAGUGGAGCUGGAGGUGGAAAAGGGGGUGCAGGUGGGUUUGGAGGAGCAGGAAGUUAUGGAGGUGGAGCAGGAGGUGUAGGUGGAGGAGUAGGAGGGUUUGGAGGUUCAGGAAGUUUGGGUGGUGGAGCUGGAGGGUUUGGUGGUGGAAAAGGUGGUGCUGGUGGGUUUGGAGGUAUAGGAAGUGGAGGCCCUGCCAUUGGAGGUUUUGGAGGAGGUGCUGGUAGUGGAUCCAGUAGUAAAAGUGAUGCCAGUAGUGGCAGCAUAGGAGGUGGAGCAGGUGGUGGAGCUGGUGGACUUGGAGGAGCUGCAGGUCCUGGAGGUUUUGGUGGUGCUGGAGUUGGAGGCUUUGGUCCUGGAGGCUCAGGUUCUAGUGGAGGAGCAGGAGGCCUUGCAGGUACUGGAGGCAUUGGAGGUGUUGGUAUUGGAGGCCUUGGGGGAUUCGGCAGCAAAGGACCAGGAGGAUUUGGAGGUACAGGUGGUUUAGGAGGAGGUUCUGGUGGAGCAGGAGGUUUUGGAGGUGGUGCUGGAGGUUUUGGAGGUGGUGCUGGAGGUGCCAGUGGAGCUGGAGGCUUCGGAGGAUUCGGUGGUGAAGGAGUCAGUGGAGGUGGAUUUGGAGGCAAACUUUCUGGUGGCGGACCUGGUGGCUUUGGUGGACCAUCUGGAGGUUUUGGAGGUUUCUUUGGAGGUGGCUCAGGCUCCAGCAGCAAGAGUAGCUCAAGCAGCAGCAGUGGCAGUAUCGGCACUGGAGGCUCUGGUUCUGACUCUUCCAGUAACACCAUUUCAGGAAACUUUGGUACUCCCGGAUUCGGUGGCAGCGGCAGCGGCAGCUUCUCCAGCUCUAGCAGCAGCAGUUCCAGCUUCAGCGGCAGCGGCGGUCACUCCAAAGGGCUCAAGGCGUACGGCCGCUGAGCAACCGCCGUGACUGGGUCCGCCUUUCAGCUGGGCCUGGUUUUACGACCUGUUUCAUCAGUCACAUCACCAGGAAUCGUGGUUUUCCGUCCAUGUGUCAAAGAAGACAUAUUCAUCGACUUUAUGUGAUACCAUGUGAUAUUAAAGACAACAGUACUGAUGUGUCAUUAUCUCUUCACAUUACGCGAAAUAAAUUUUUCAUACUA